CCAACCAUUUUGUUUUUUCUUUAAUUUUUCUUCUUCCUUUUCUACUCUAGACUUCUUCAAUAUUAGACAAAGCACUUCAAACCCCCUUCAUUUAGUCUCUGGCAACUACCAAGCCGUAAAUUAUAUGUGCACCGCAAUGUUAGAAUAAUGGAUAUGCUCCGCAACAUGGAUUGCAGAAGUGGGCAAAUUAAUCGUGGUUCUUGAAAUAAGAUUAACAUACAUUACAGUACUCCCACAACACCAAUAGGAUCGGUGAUAUACUUUAUUCUUCGUCCCUUCAAAUGGCAGAUCAAAGAAGAUAAAAAUGGAGGACAAGAAACUCACUUUCAUUAUGUAUCCAUGGUAUGCCAUGGGCCAUCUUACUUCAUUUCUUCAUCUCUCCAACAAACUCGCACACAGAGGCCACAAAAUUUUCUUUGUUCAUCCUGCAAAGACACUUCCCAAGUUGGAAAAAUUCAAUCAUUAUCCGCAACUCAUAAACUUCAGAUCCAUCACGGUUCCACAUGUUGAAGGACUCCCACUCGGAGCCGAAACAACUUCAGAUGUUCCUAUUUUCAAGCAGAAUCUUCUUUGGCAAGCAUUAGAUCUCACAGAGCCAAAGCUUGAGUCUUUAAUUCAAGAAAUCAAACCCCACUUCAUCCUUUAUGAUUUUGCAUAUUGGGUUCCAUCUGUGGCUCGAAAAUAUGGAGUUAAGUCCAUUCAUUACUGUUCCAUUACUCCUUCAUCUGUCGGUUACCUUAUGCGUGGAGAAAAACCGACUCCAGAAGCUGAAAUGAUGAAACCUCCACCUGGUUUUCCUGUUAAUUCAUCCAUCAAACUCCACAAACAUGAAGCUCGUUUAAUUGCAGCUCUACAUUCGAUGGGAAAAGAUUCUAGUAGCUCUGGCUCUAACUCUGUAUCGUUCACUCAACGUUUGCUUUUGGCUUUUCAAGAUGGGGAUGUCAUUGCGUUCAAAACAACUAGGGAAAUAGAAGGGCCCUAUUGUGAAUUUGUUGAGAAUAAGUUCAAGAAACCAGUCGUUUUAGCCGGACCAAUCUUGCCAGAACCAAUAGAAGAAACUUCAAAUACAGAGGAAAAUUGGUCAAAGUGGCUAGAAAAAUUCCAAGAGAAGACGGUCAUUUUCUGUGCUUUUGGUAGUGAAUGCAAGCUCAAGAAAGACCAAUUUCAAGAACUGGUUUUAGGUCUUGAACUUACCGGUCUUCCAUUUUUUGCUGCUUUAAAACCGCCUUUUGAAACCGAGACAAUUGAAGAGGCGUUACCGGAAGGUUUCAAAGAGAGAACACAAGGAAAAGGCAUUGUUCAUUCAGGUUGGGCAGAUCAACAAUUGAUAUUAACUCAUCCUUCUGUGGGAUGUUUUGUUACUCAUUGUGGCGGAAACUCUUUAUCAGAAGCCAUGAUUAAUGAUUGUCAAUUGGUGUUAGUCCCAAACUUUGGUGAUCAAUUUAUUAAUGCAAGAUUGUUUGGUGGAGACUUGAAAGUUGGAGUGGAAGUUGAGAGAGAUGAAGAAAAUGGAUUGUUCACUAGAGAAGGUGUUUGUAAGGCCAUAAAAAUGUUAAUGAAUGAUGAGUGUGAAGAGGGGAGAAAAAUAAGAGAAAAUCGCGCAAAGUGGACGGAGUUCUUAUUGAGCAAAGGGCUUGAGGAUUCUUAUAUCGAUGCUUUUGUGCAGAAGCUACAAACUCUACUGUAAUUUAUGUUUGAAGCAUCAAUAUGAUUAACUAAUAAAAAUCCUUAUAGCUAGGGUCUGAUAGCUAUCUUCCAUUAAGUGUGUUGAUUAGGAUUUAGGUUGUUUGUCUUAGUUUUUAGCUUUAGCUUUGCUCAUUGUAUUCUCUCGUCCUUAUUGUUUCUAUUUUCAGAUGUUGGUUUCUUUUUUUCUACUACUAAUGCUUUCUAUCAUGGAGGACCAUUGCUAAAAGAGUUGUUUAAUCUAAUCCUCUAUGCCAAGUUUUUGUUGUUUUCAA